AAUUGAAAAUAGUUUGCCUCUACAGUUCAUCGAGACAAGACAUGUUUGUGUCUGUUUCUUAUGCGUUAACUUUUUUCUUAUCGCUUGUUAAUGCUUGAAUAAACUUACUUAUCGGUGUAUGAUAUCUAACAAUUUUACAAGCCGAUCAAGCGUGAUUCAGGAGGACUGUGACAAAAAGCUAGAGCGUGUAGUUUGCGUCGAGACAAGAAAAAAAUCCUAUGGGAGGGGGGGUCUAUUCCCCUUCGUUUAGCUCGUAGGGUUUUUCAACGAAAUCGGAAUGUCGGGAUAAAAUCGGGAUAGUUUGUAAAUCGGAACAGGGUCCAAAUGUCGGGACUGUCCCGCCGAUAUCGGGAGGUCUGCCAGCCCUAAUUACACCUGAAAACGUACCUGCCCGCCGCCCAUGGAUUCUUGCUGUAUGGGCCUUAAGUCAAUAAAACCGCCAUUUUUUAAUGAAAAUUGAACAACAAAAAUAGUCUAUGUUUUUGGCUUUACAAAAAGGUAUAGUAGAAAUGGAUUUGAUUCAAGAAGGAAGACAUUUUCGAUUGGUUCCAGAAUUUGAAUUAACGGACAUUUUGAAACUUUUGGAUGGUUAUUUACCAGAAUCGCUUAAGCUGCAUCAGACCAUAAAUAUAUAUAUAAAGAAUCGGAUAUGGGAUUUUCACUUUUACGUUUCUAAAGAAUGGCCUCAAAAACCAGUACUUAUUCAGUUUCCAGGUUGUACCCUCACGCCCGGCGGUAAUAUUUACCAAAGCUUUUCAAUUUUUUGUCCACUGAGUCAUUUGGAAUGUGUGAAUCUAAUAGAAACUGAAGACAUCCUGAUAAAUUGGAAAAUGCCAAUAUACCUACAUUUCACUCAUUCAGCUAUUGUCGAUCGGCUAACAGAUUUUUACGAGAAGUUUGGUACAAUGGAGCAACUUAUUUGUGAUAUUUUAAUUUUGAAUAAUUCACAGAAUGCUGAUUUGCAAGUGAAAGAUUUUCUAGAUGAAGAGGCCGAAAUACGUCCCCUAACUGUAAACGAUGUAAAACUUGUGCAUGACCACUAUCCGGCAAAGGAAAUAGAGUGUGUGCAGUUGUUCGAAACGCUAGUAGGGAAAUUGCCCGCAUUGGGAGUUUUCAACAAGGAUACAAAUGAACUUGCUUCUUGGAUGCUUUCAUCAUACUAUGGAGCAAUGUUUUCAAUGCAGACACUUCCAAAGUACAGGCGGAAGGGAUAUGGAAUUCAAGUUGCUAAAGCACUCACAAAACUUGUUAUCGAAUUCAACAACGUGCCUUUUGUUGCAGUUCUGCCUCAUAAUGCUGCAUCACAAAAUCUUUACAUAAAGCUUGGCUUUGAAAAGACAUACCAGAUGAGUCGAGUAAAAAUGACACCAUAUGCUUCUAUAUCCAAUUAGAAACGCAUUUAAACACAUUUAAUCCGUUCCA